UCAGAUACGAUGUCAACUCCAUGAUUGGUCGCCCUACGGACCUACGGAUUACUCUCCAGACAUCCAACGUCAGCACUAAUAUAUUGCUGCACCACUUGUAUUGAGCAUAUAAGUAAUGCGCUGUCCUUUUUCGAAAUGUCCGGCUCAUUGUUUCAAGCAAUCUGCUGUGACAUAUUAUGAUGGAAGAACCCAAGAAGCCAUGGGUUGACGGCCCCUUUGAGCUCAUCGGCGCGUCAAGAGCAGGUGACUCAGUAUGAAUCCUGGAAAAAGCCACUCAAGCCAUAACGAUACGGUUACUAAUGAUCGGACUCACGAGUAGCUUGAAAAGCGCGCUCAAGGUGCUCGAAAAUGCGCUGCAGGCAUGGCUGUCGUCCAUAACCUAUUCCUUCGCGGCGUCAACGCCAUCUAUCUCCAAGCAAUGAACGUCGCCGAAAGGGGAACGCAAAAAGACAAGGUGGACUUUGCAAACUUCGCCUGGGCAUGGAGCCAAGAAAUUCAAGAACAUCACGACAUCGAAGAAGAAAAGAUCUUCCCAGAAAUCAACAGAAUCACCGGCGUACCAGGCCUCAUGGACGCCAACAUCGACGAGCACCGAUUAUUCCACGAGGGCCUAGAUCGCUUCACAACCUACAUCGAGAAAAUCCGCAAAGACGAGGAAGAACUCGACGGCUCCAAGCUCAGAGAAAUCAUCGACUCAUUCAUGCCCUCCCUCACAACACAUCUGCACAACGAAAUCGACACCCUUGUCGGACUCGAAAAGUACGCCGACAAGUGCGACUGGGGAGCGUGGUUCGAGAAGACAGGGGCCGAGAUAGGAUCUAACGCCAUGAAGAAAGCGUCUCAUCGUAACGAGAUUUUGCCGCUGGCCUUGAUUCUUCACGAUAAGGACUUUGGAGGUGGUAUCUGGGCGGAUUUCCCUCCUCUUCCUUGGAUUGCACUUGUUGCUAUUCGGUGGUUGUUUGUUCGUACGCAUCAGGAUUGGUGGCGGUUCGCAGGGUGUGAUUCUUCGUCUAAUCGACAGGAGCUGCCAUUUGCUUGAUGUUGUUGGUUCGAGGGUUGUUGGUUCUGGGAUAUAUAGUGGAUAUGCUAUAAUGAGACGUUACCAUGAUACAUGACAGAGUUGCAUAGAGAAUAGUUAUCUCUCACUCGUAGAUUGCGGUGUGACAGGACUACACAGCCAAAUACACGUGGGAGAUACAGUCUUGAGUAAUAUCUCCUCGGUAUAACAGACCCCCACUCGCGUUUCAAGUGUUAUUACUUACGAC